AUCUAUAAACCGGUACACAGAAUCCAAAACAUUUUUCGGUUUCGGUCUCAUUUUCGGGGUCGAUUUUGGACACUAUAAAAGUCACAGUACCAACAGUUGCGAAAAACUUUACUCUCUUAGAGUGACAAUCGGCCAUGGCUGAGCACGAGAGCUUCGAUGCUCUCCAAGUAGAAAAGCUAAAGCCAAACGAACAAGAACAAGAAGAAGAUGAAGAAGGCGAUGAAGAUGAAGACGAGGACGAAGAAGGAAAGCGACUCGGUGAAAUUCAUCUGGGCGAGUUACAGAACUCUGCACCAGAGUCAAGAGAGACGCAAUUAGAAACCCUAGCGGUGCCUUCUACGCUGGAAUUAUCAGAGAACGAUCAGUGUGCAGGUUUUCAGGUUAACUCCACGUCACAGUCGAUUGAUGGAGCUCAAUUACAGGAGCAACUUGGGGUGAGCCACCAGGAAAUUUUGGCAAUUGUAACACACCAGGAUUCUCAGAUGCAGACACAAAGUCCGGUUCAGUUGGCUGUUUAUCCAACUCCAUUGUCAGAACUAUCACCAACGUCUGUUACACAAUCCAUUCAGACUCAGACACAAAGUCCGCUUCAGUUGACUGUUUAUCCAACUCCGUUGUCAGAACUAUCACCAACUUCUGUUACGCAAUCCAUUUCAUCUGCUCCCAGCCCGAUUCUGCUAGAACAAAAACUGCCACCAGAAAAGGUUAAUACUUUAUGUACACCAGAGGUGGACAAGCAAAAUUCUUCUGACCAUAAAUUUAUAUCUUCUGUUCCUCUUGUGAAGACUUCUGCUUCUGAUGGUUACAACUGGAGAAAAUAUGGUCAGAAGCAAGUGAAGAGCCCUCAAGGUUCUCGAAGUUAUUAUAGGUGCACAUAUUCUGAGUGUUAUGCCAAGAAGAUUGAAUGCUGUGACCACUCGGGCUAUGUAACAGAAAUUGUUUACAAAAGCCAACAUACUCAUGAGCCCCCUCAAAAAAGUAACUGCACAAAGGAAAGUAAACUUGCAUUAUCUGCUGAGUGUGUAAGGAAUAGUGUUACAGAACAUCCCUGCAGAACAUUUAAUGAUUCAGAGGUGUCCACAUCCUCAAAAGAACGUAUUCAAGAAACACCUUCAAUUCCUGAAAGAAAGCGGCAAAGCCCAAGUGACUCUGAUGGUAAUGGUGAUGUUAAGAUCAAGGAGGAGCAUGGUGAUGGUGAUGAACCAGAACCCAAACGAAGAGUGAAGAAAAGCAACUUAGAGUAUUCAACUUCUCUCCUAAAACCUGGCAAGAAACCUAAAUUUGUUGUGCAUGCGGCGGGGGAUGUUGGAAUAUCAGGUGAUGGAUACAGAUGGCGCAAAUACGGACAGAAGAUGGUGAAAGGAAAUCCGCAUCCCAGGAACUACUACAGAUGCACUUCUGCUGGGUGUCCAGUCCGGAAGCACAUUGAAACAGCCAUAGAUAACACAAGUGCUGUGAUUAUAACAUACAAGGGGAUACAUGACCAUGACAUGCCUGUUCCAAAGAAACGACAUGGCCCUCCGAGUGCUCCUCUUGUUGCUGCCGCUGCUCCUGCUUCCAUGAACAAUUUGCAUAUCAAGAAGACUGAUACACACCAAAACCAGAUUUCUUCAACCCAGUGGUCAGUGGACACCGGGGGAGAAUUGACUGGUGAGGCCUUGGACCUUGGAGGUGAGAAGGCAAUGGAAUCAGCUCGAACUCUUUUGAGCAUUGGAUUUGAAAUCAAGCCUUGCUGAAAGUUCCUUAGCUGGCCUAAGUACUGAUAAAGACCAUCAUCGACGGGCCUUAGAAAAGCAAGCAGUGUAUCUAUAUAAAAUUUUAUAAGUUAUCACAUUGGCAGGUUUGAUUUUUUAUUUUGAUUUUGUUGUGGGUGUCUUUCACCUUUCAGCUGUAGUCUUAUAGUUCACAGUUGUGUAGAUUUGGUAUUUGUACACCCUUGCAUAUCUUGUGUUGAAUAGGUUAAUCGCAGUGAAACAGUAUAGAAAUGGGUGGCAUUUUUUUCCGCCUGAUGUUUGCAGUUA